AGAUGGCGGUAUUUUUCAGUGUUCGUACGUGAAAGAAGUCUCGUGUUUCGGUAUUUUUCGCGUUAUCGGUUAACAUUUAAAAAAUAUCGAGGGAUGGAGACUAGUGCGAGUACCGGUACUCGUACAACGCGAUUUAUGAUGGAGGGUGUCGGCGCUCGAGUUAUUCGUGGACCUGAAUGGAAAUGGGGUAAACAGGAUGGAGGAGAAGGACAUGUUGGUACAGUCAGAAAUUUUGAAUCUCCUGAAGAAGUUGUUGUUGUAUGGGAUAAUGGUACGGCAGCAAAUUAUCGUUGUUCUGGUGCCUUUGAUCUUCGCAUAUUGGACUCAGCACCAACAGGUGUCAAGCACGAAGGAACUAUGUGUGAUACUUGUAGACAACAACCGAUCUUUGGUAUUAGAUGGAAAUGUGCUGAAUGUGGGAAUUAUGAUUUGUGUUCUAUUUGUUAUCAUGGAGAUAAACAUCAUUUGAGACAUAGAUUUUAUCGCAUUGCUACUCCUGGAAGUGAACGCAUUUUAUUGGAACCAAGACGUAAAACUAAGAAAAUAGCUAUUCGAGGUAUUUUUCCUGGCGCAAGAGUCGUUCGAGGUGUUGAUUGGCAAUGGGAAGAUCAAGACGGUGGAAAUGGACGUAGAGGAAAAGUUAACGAAAUACAGGAUUGGUCAUCAGCCAGUCCUCGUUCAGCAGCUUAUGUUAUUUGGGAUAAUGGUGCCAAAAAUUUGUAUCGUGUUGGAUUCGAAGGAAUGGCUGAUUUAAAGGUUGUCAGUGAUGCUAAGGGACAGACAGUUUAUAGAGAUCAUUUGCCAUUGCUAGGUGAACAGGGUCCAGGUAGAACUGGACCACAUGGUCUGCAAAUUGGAGAUCAGGUUAACGUCGAUUUGGAAUUGGAGAUAGUACAAUCUCUUCAACACGGUCACGGUGGUUGGACUGAUGGAAUGUUUGAAUGUCUUGGAACUACCGGUACCGUUGUCGGAAUUGAUGAAGAUCAUGAUAUUGUUGUGUCAUAUCCAAGUGGUAACAGGUGGACUUUUAAUCCAGCUGUAAUUACAAAAGUCCAGAUACCUGUACCCGUUACAAGUUCUAGUUCGGACAAUCAAACGUUUGCUGUGGGUGAUUUGGUACAAAUUUGUAACGAUUUGGAAAAAAUUAAAUUGUUGCAACGUGGUCAUGGAGAAUGGGCAGAUGCUAUGGCACCAACAUUGGGAAAAAUAGGAAGAGUACAACAGAUAUAUCACGAUGGAGAUUUGAAAGUUGAAGUGUGUAGCACAUCAUGGACGUACAAUCCGCAAGCAGUGACAAAAGUUGCCAGUAGCGAUGGCAGCGUUCCAGGAAACAGUAGCGGAGAACGUUUAUCAGCACUGUUGAAGAAAUUAUUCGAAACUCACGUUUCGGGUGACGUUAACGAAGAAUUAGUUAAAACUGCUGCGAACGGCGACGCGAGUAAAUGCGAGGAAUGUUUGAAGAGACCGGAGGCCGACGUCAAUGGGGUAUUUUCUGGUCAUACGGCUUUGCAAGCUGCGAGUCAAAAUGGUCAUUUGGAAGUUAUUAAAAUUCUCCUCCGUUAUAAAGCUGACGUUGAAAUUGAGGACAAGGACGGUGAUAGAGCCGUGCAUCAUGCUGCGUUCGGUGAUGAGCCAGGAGUAAUGGCUUUGCUGGCAGGUGCUGGUGCUGAUCUCAAUGCUCGUAACAAAAGGCGUCAGACUGCCCUUCAUAUCGCGGUGAACAAAGGCCAUGCCGGAGUGGUUAGAACUUUGCUGGAGUUAGGAUGUCAUCCGAGUUUGCAGAACGAGUCUAAUUUGAAAACGGGGAUGGAUCGAAAACGUGGCGUGAAUGACAAGAUACCAACAUCAAAGAUGGUUGCUCACGUUCGAGGACUCGGUCUGUUUAGAUCUGCUUUGAACAAUCAACCGAUAUACGAGCUCGAGACGCAUUGUAUUACAAUGGUAGUACAAAGGAAGAAGAAAGGCCGGUGGUUGUGGGUGUCUUGAUGAUAGAGAAAGAUCAUACACAUAUAGCAAGAUAGAUAGAGAAAGAAAGAUAAAGUGAGAAGGGAAAGUGAGUGACUGAGUAAGAAAGAGU